GAAUUUUCUCCAUAACAUUUUUACUAGUAUUUUUCUCGGCAACCGAACAGGAAUUGGGGUUUUUCAGAGAAACUUUUUCGAAGAAUAAUUUUUUUUUUUGUGGUGCUUUUUGGUUGAGCAGAGUAGAGUUCGGCAAUGGCAACAGCUACAUUUCCACCACCGCCACCGUUUUACAGACUGUACAAAGAUUAUAUUGAAAACCCUAAAUCAGCUCCAGAACCUCCUCCUCCUAUUGAAGGCACUUAUGUGUGUUUUGCUAGCAAUUACACUACUGAUGAUGUGCUUCCAAGCUUAGAAGAGCAGGGAGUGCGACAACUGUACCCAAAAGGACCAAAUGUUGAUUUCAAGAAAGAACUGAGGUCACUUAAUAGAGAAUUGCAGCUUCACAUUUUGGAGCUUGCCGAUGUUCUUGUUGAGAGACCUUCACAAUAUGCUAGGAGAGUGGAAGACAUUUCCCUUAUCUUCAAGAAUUUGCAUCACCUUCUCAAUUCUUUGCGUCCUCAUCAGGCUAGGGCCACAUUGAUUCAUAUUCUAGAGCUUCAGAUACAACGUCGUAAACAAGCCGUGGAGGAUAUAAAGAGACUGAGGAUCAUGGGACUGGGGAAAGAACAUGCUGGUAUAGUUUCUUGAAAAGUGGUCUGGAUAUGGCAGACUGUUGGGAAAAAUUUUGAGCACUUUUUACCAUGGGUAGAGGGUUUCUAUCUCAUAUGCAAGGAAACAUUUAACAAGGUGGAGAAACGUUUCCACAUUGUAUUAGGCAUAAAGGUUUCCUCCUUUGAUGAACUGUAUCAUAGUCUGAACUAUAGCGUCACUACCUCCAACAAUGCCCUCUUCCAGAAGCAAGAUCGCAUAAAUCACUAGAUGUAAAUUGGUUGUGUUUUCUACAUUUGGUGGAUUAUCUUUAUCUAGGCUGGUAUUAUCCAUGCCUGGUUAUUUUCCUCUUAUGAUAUGGAGUGUUUGUUAUUGACCAACAAGGGUUCAUCUUUCUAUUCACGUUAGUGAUAUUCAAAUUGUAAAUAUGCUGAAACA